CCUGCGACGCUCCGCCCUCCAUCCCGGAAGGGAACCGAAUUGAGGGGCCGGCUUCGGCCUUGAGCGCAGCCAAAGCCCUUGAACGGGACGGACGGACGGAGGGUGCGGCUUUAAGGCUCCGAGGAAACCGCCUCUUUUUUGGGUAGUGGGUCAAAUGGGUUGUAAAGAGACUCGCCCCCGUGAUCGCAAUCCCUUCUUCCCGCGUCCCCUUUAAGACCCUUCGCCCGCGGCUAAGUCCUCUUGGUUUCGGGGAAAGCAGAACUUGAAAGACGAGCUGCAAAACUUUGGGCCCCUCCUCCUCUGCCGCCUCUGGCGCCUGGUCUCAGCCGUUUCCCCGGGCCGGAUGGGUCCAUCAUUCCCACGUUGGUGAUAUCAAAACUCAACGACAGAGAGAUGGCUUCCUUUGGUGGCUCAAGAAACUGUAUUUUAAAUCAGUUGGCAUCUUCAAUUAAUUGGAGAAAGUGCAUUAAUCCUUACACAUUUUCCAGUAAAGCUUUAAAUGGAGCCCAACAUCAACUGACAAAGUGUCAAGCAUGGAAUAAAAAGAACAGCAUUAGAUUUUAUUUCUGGAAUGACAAUUCCAGAAUCUAUGGAAACAUGAAUAGAACCCAUCGAUUGCCUCUGGAUCCUAAAGAUACAACCAGAUGCAGCUAUUUUAGAAGGCCUUGUAUACUCACUCAGCAAAAGGCAAGGAGAAAAUGUGUACUAUUUGGAGCUAUCAUGUCUCAAAAAUUACAAGACGUUGCUACUCAGAAUAUCCAGAUCUUCAGAUGCUUUCACAGAUCAUCAAUACUGAAAGCUGCUCCAGCUGCACUCUUACUGAUGAUCUUGAAGCCAGUGCAAAAGCUUUUUGCUAUCAUCCUUGGGAGGAGUAUAAGAAAAUGGUGGCAUGCACUUCCUCCAAACAAGAAGGAGUUAUUUAAAGAAGCUUUGAGAAGAAAUAGAUGGAAGAUAACUCUUGGAAUUUCUAGCUUGGGAGUUGUAUUUAUUCUUUUUUAUUUUACGCAUUUGGAGGAGACACCAAUAACUGGACGCACUCGGCUUGUAGUAUUUCACAAGGAUCAGUUUGCAGAAAUGACGGAAAUGGAGUAUGACAUGUGGAUGCUACAAUUUCAGAAUCAAAUGCUGCCAGAAAAAGACCCUCGUUACCAGGUGGUCAAGAAAGUUGUCACUCAUUUAACUGAAAGCAACAAGGACAUUCCAGGAUUCUCUGAAAUUACCUGGACUAUCCAUGUGGUAGAAGAGCCUAACAUUAAUGCUUUUGUACUUCCAAAUGGACAAGUGUUCGUUUUCACUGGUUUGCUAAGUGCCGUGUCAGAUAUCAAUCAGCUUUCAUUCAUUUUGGGACAUGAAAUUGCUCAUGUUAUUCUGGGACAUGCUGCAGAAAAGGCAAGUCUGAUGCACUUCCUGGACUUCUUCUCCCUUAUUUUGCUCACCAUGAUUUGGGCUGUCUGUCCUCAAGACAGUUUAGCUGUGAUAGGCCAGUGGAUCCAAAGCAGGUUUCAAGAGUUGCUUUUUGAUAUGCCAUACAACAGGAAUUUAGAAGCUGAAGCUGACAAGGUGGGACUUCAGUUUGCUGCUAAGGCUUGUAUGGAUGUAAGAGCCAGUUCUGUCUUCUGGCAGCAAAUGGAACUGGCUAAGAUUCUACAGAAUGAACCCAAAUUACCAGAAUGGCUUUCUACACAUCCAUCACACGAGAAUCGAGCUGAACAAUUAGACAGACUGAUACCAGAGGCACUGAAAAUAAGGGAAAGUUGCAACUGCCCGUCUUUGCCUGGUCAGGAUCCGCGCCUUAUAUUCAAACUGAGUAUGCAGCAUCUCUUGCAAGCAUCUGAAGGCCAAAAAACCCCAAAUAUUACUCCUCAUAGUUCUGCUCCCCCCAACAUUAAACUUCCAUUCGCAAAAAAGGAAACGGUGCCAGUAGACUAUGUCACUGGAAAAUAACACUCCGUAUGAAAGCCAAAAUAUUUCUGGAUACUUUUUAUCCAAAUGCUCAUCACAUGAUGGAUCAUAUGUCAUAGGUUUUGUACAAACAUUUGACGACAACAUGAAGAGAAAGAUGUGUAUCAUGACUAUGAUUUCCCCCCCUCCCCCAAAUCCUAACGCACAUAAUAAACAUGAUGUUUGGAUGGAUUACCAGAAGAUGGCUUCUUAUACACAGUGUUGUAAUUCAUCCCUCUAGUUGCCUGGAACUCGUUUCAUAGAAGUGUGGAUUCUACUUACAUAACAAGAUAUCUACCAAGGACUGUCACACCAGAUGCUCAAAAACAAAGAAAUGAUUGUACAUUUUUUUUCUUAUAAAAAUACCCAUUAUUUAUAUCAUAUUAUAAUACCAUAUUUCUAUAUGAAAAGUCAGGGGAGAGGAUUUUUACUUCUGGUACUGGUAAAGUUAAAAUCUUGCUUCCCUUUGAAUGUCUGUUUAAAUAUGGCUCCUGUUUGCAUGGUACAUUUAAGUUAUAUUCACUAGCUCACAGUCUGUUAUAAGCUUUACACAAUUUUGUUCAGCUUGUAUUGAAUUACCAAAAAAAUUGCACUGCCUGUCUCAAGAAGCAAUGUGCAGUAAACUGUACAAUGAACUAGGCAGAACAUCAUCUAAUUUGUUGACUUCAUGUUGAGUUUCUCUUGUAUUUCCAAAAGACAGGUUGAGUCAGGUAAAGUUAACCUUGUGUUACAAUAUGCUCAACUGGUAACAAGGCUACAGCCAUGUUGUUUUCUUGGUGUUGAUAAGAAGUAGCUGCUUGUUGCCAUCUCCUCAGAUAUUUUAUUUUUAAUUUCCAUUUGGCAUUUUCUCUUGGUCUUCCAUUCAUAUUCUAAGAAAAAUUCAAUCAUGCUUAGUUUUUGAAAUCACUACAUAUUUUAGCCCAAAGUGUUGUGGAAAUAAGUAAAAGUUAAUGUAGCAGAAGUUUCAUACUUAAAUCAACGAAAGUACUGUGUGAAGACUUCUUUAUUACACUGAAGGCCAAUAUAUCAAAACUUUUCCACACAUUGAUAAAAAGCCUUGUAAUAAAAACUGGUGUUCCUUUUUGUCAGCAUUUUCCAGGAACCAAGAAAGGCGCGUGGAGUUAUUUCUGAGUAGUUUCCUUUAUUCCUCACCUAUAGUCUUGCCAAACUGAAGCAGCUAAUUGCAUCACUAUAAAUAUAUUCUGGGAAUUGCUAGGGAUGAGCCAUGUUAACUCCCCCUGACCAUCCUUGGCUGUCACUCCCCUCUGGAAUGCAGCCCCUCCCUCUUAGAAAUCCAGACAACAUUCCACCACAUCUUUUGCCCACCUGGCUCACAGUGACAGCUGUGCAGUGAUACUUGGGUUUGCUGUUGAUAUUGGAGCUAGUAUGUGAUAGGUAGUUGUUGCUUG